AUGUGGGCCAUCUCUCUGGGUUUCGCCCUUGUGGCAACCGUCUUCGCUGUCCCUUUGGAUGCGCGUCAGUCCGCCCCUUCAGUUGUAAUUCGAAACGGAACUGUCAUAGGCAAGACCGCUAGCGGCAUAGAAUCUUUCAGCGCCAUCCCAUAUGCACAGCCACCGGUCGGCAAUCUUCGUCUUCGCCCACCACAAGUACUCACACAACGCUUUCCCGGGGCAUCGUUCCAAGCAACAUCGCCAGCUGCGGCGUGCCCUCAAUUUGCGUUCCAGGUGGAUAAUCUCGACACCAAUCUUCAGCUCGCUGGACUGCCUAGCUCUAUCAUCUCCGAUAUUAUCGGCGAGGUGAUCAACUCGCCCAUCGGUCAGACUGCUAUUAAUCAAGAGGAAGACUGCUUGACUAUCACUGUUCAACGUCCUGCCGGCACGACGAGCAGCUCCGAGCUUCCUGUCAUCUUCUGGAUCUUCGGAGGAGGAUUCGAAGCUGGAUGGAGUUCCAUGUAUGAUGGAACCAACUUCGUCACAUCGAGUGUGAACCUUGGAAAGCCCGUGAUAUACGUGGCUGUGAACUACCGAGUCGGCGGCUACGGCUUUCUGGCCGGGAAACAGCUCGCCGCCGAAGGAUCGACCAAUCUUGGCCUGCGUGAUCAACGCCUCGGGUUGCAAUGGGUUGCAGACAACAUUGCCGCCUUUGGUGGCGAUCCAGACAAGGUGACGAUUUGGGGCGAGAGUGCCGGAGCGAUCAGUGUUCUUGAUCAUACUAUCAUCAAUGGAGGUGAUCAUACCUACAAUGGCAAGCCACUCUUCCGAGCAGGCAUCAUGAACAGCGGCGCAGUCAUCCCGGCCACAGAUGUCUCUACGCCGAAAGCACAAGCAAUCUACGACAAGGUGGUUGCCAGCAGCUCUUGUGCAGGUUCGACCAACUCACUCAGCUGUCUCCGCGCUCUCCCGUACAACGACUUCCAGCGAGCAGUCACUUCAGUGCCAGGUAUAUUCAGCUAUCGCUCUCUUGAUCUGUCAUAUCUGCCACGUCCAGACCCCGGCAACAACUUCUUCUCGCAAAGCCCAGAGCUUGCAAUCGCAGCCGGACGCUUCGCCAAAGUUCCAAUCAUUGUUGGUGACCAGGAGGAUGAGGGUACAUUGUUCGGCUUGGUCCAAUCAAACAUCACCACCAACGACCAGCUUGUGACCUACCUAGCGACUUACUUCCCAACCGAUCCCAACGCCAUUGAGAACAUGCGAGGUCUCACAGCUCAAUACUCCAACCUGAUCUUCGCUGGCCAACCCGACGGCUCGCCCUUCAGGACCGGCGCUCUAAACAGCAUAUACCCUCAGUUCAAAAGGAUCGCCGCUAUCCUCGGUGACAUUACCUUCACCCUGACACGCCGUGCAUACCUUGACGCCAUCACAAAGCAAGGCGUCACGGCUUGGAGUUACCUCUCGACUUACGCAUACGGCACUCCCAUCCUUGGCACGUUCCAUGCCACAGACGUGAUCUUCGCGUUCUUCACGCCGUCAGGGACGACGAUCCCUGGACGAUCGAUCCAUACUUAUUAUGUCAACUUCAUCAAUGAUCUCAACCCGAACUCGGCCAGCAAUACCAAUGCGCUGAUCAGGAACUGGCCUACUUGGACUAAUGCUACCACCCAGCUGUUGAACUUUGGACUGCUUGGUAACUCGCUUACUACGGACACCUUCAGGCAGGGAGCCUAUGACUAUCUUGUGCCGAGAUUCUCGCAGUUUAGGGUCUAG